UUCACUUCACUUUUGUGGACCGGACUUAUAUUUCGGGUCAAAGAGAUCCACGUGAGUGUUCGUCUUCUCGAGCUUCACUGCCCUAAUUGUGUAUCUGAAAAUCGAAACAAUACACUGUUAACACUUUCUCAGAGCAAUGGCGUCGUUAUUCAAGGAUCCGGCGAAGAUCUCGGCGUAUCGAGAUAGAAGAUUCCCUGGAAAUCAAGAAGAGUUUGAGCAUGCGUUGAUUACUUCAACCACCGUUUAUGUUGGGAAUAUGUCGUUUUACACUACGGAAGAACAAAUUUAUGAACUUUUUUCACGAGCUGGUGAAAUUAAGAAGAUUAUCAUGGGUUUGGAUAAGAACACUAAAACUCCUUGCGGUUUUUCCUUCGUUUCAUAUUACUCUCGCGAGGAUACUGAGGAUGCCUGCAAAUAUAUAAGUGGAACGAUACUGGAUGAUCGCCCUAUUCGUGUUGAUUUUGACUGGGGAUUUCAGGAUGGAAGGCAAUGGGGUCGGGGUCGUAGUGGUGGCCAGGUCCGUGAUGAAUAUCGCACUGAUUAUGAUCCAGGUAGAGGUGGAUAUGGGAAGUUGGUUCAGAAAGAGUUAGAAGUACAGAGGCAUCUUGUAGAUUAUGGCACUGGUUCUUUGGGAUCUUUUCCGCCUGUUAUUCCUUCAUAUGGUGGUAGACAUGGUGGUGGCCAUGGUCAUGGUGGUGGUUAUGGUCAUGGUGGUUCUCGUCGGCAUGGUAGAGAUUACCCUAGGAAGAGAUAUAGAGACGAUGAUCGCCACCACACAAACGAGCCCUCAAAAAGAUCAUCAGAUCAUGAAUCUCGGAGGAACUCUGACCAUGAAUCUAGACCGCAGGAAAAAAAUCCACGAUUUCGGGAGAGUGGUGAUUCUGACGAUGAUGAAGAAGAUGAUCGAAAAAGGCGGGGUUAACCAAAAUGUCAUAGUUAAUGAAACUUAUAUCAUUGAAAGUUUUCUUCUAGCAUGAUGAAAAUUGGCAAAUUGUGCAUUGUACAUCACUGCAAAGUGCAAAGAACUUACUACUAACUUGUGAUAUUCUUGGCUAUAUCUACUGCAUUGUUAACUUUUUCUUAUUCUUGUUUUUUCUCGCAAUGAAUUAGAAUUAGUUAACUCUUCAUAUCUAAAUGAUUUGGCAUUGAUCCUGUUUGAUUAAUCUGA